AUGAAUAUAAAUGGAGCAAAAUUAUUUAAUUGUAAAUGUAGGAAUUUAAAAAUAGAUGAGUUAUAUAAGUUAAAUGCCCAUUGUGAUAGUGUUAAUUAUGUUUUCUUUUCUUCAGAUGGUAAGUCAUGAGCAACUUGCAGCGAUGAUAAUUCAAUUCUUUUAUGGGAUGUUAAAACAGGAAAAAAAUAGUCUUAAUUCUAAGGAGUGAGAAGGGUAAGAUUUCUGGGCUUCUCAACUAGUGGCACUACAAUAGCCUCUUGUAAUGGUUAAGAUAUGUAUUUGUGGAAUCUUUAAACGCGCAGAUAAAUGUUGAAAUUAGAAGGUCAUACUCAUGAUAUAUAUUCACUCUGUUUCUCUCCUGAUGGUACUACAUUAGCAUUUGAUAGUUCAGAUAACUCCAUUCUUUUAUGGGACGUUAGAACUGGAUAAUAAAAAGUUCAAAUUAGAAGGUCAUUCAAAUUCAUUCAUGUUAGUCUGUUUCUCCCCUGAUGGUGCAAAAAUAGCAUCUGGUGGUUAUGAUUAUUCUAUCUGUUUAUUGGAUAUCAGGAAAGUAAAAGUCAAAUUAGAUAGUGAUAGUCAAUAUGUUUAUUCAGUCUGUUUCUCACCUGAUGGUAAUUGUCAUCUGGUAGUGAUGAUAUAUGAUGAUUUGUAUAUGGGAUAUUAAGACAGGAUAAUAAAAAGCCAAAUUAAAUGGCCAUUCAAUUAUGUCAUGUCAAUCUGUUUCUCUCCUGAUGGUACUAUAUUAGCAUCUAGUAGUUCAGAUAACUUCAUUCAUUUAUGAGAUGUUAAAACGGGAUAAUAAUUUGCCAAAUUAGAUGGUCAAUCAAUUUCAUUUAUAUCAGUCUAUUUAUCUCCUGAUGGUACUAAAUCGGCUUCUUGUAGUCGUGAUAAGUCUAUCCGUUUAUGGGACGUUAAUGCUAAUUUAUAUUUCAUUCAAAUUUAGUUUCUAUAAGACUUUUUUCUUAUGAUGGUAUGA